GUGAGCCACGGCCCGGCCUGGCACCCCUGCCUGCCUGUGCCUGCUGGCCUCUUCAGAGAGGGAGGCCAGGUGCCAUGUCCCUGCUCAGCCCCGUCCUGCUGCCUCCCGAGGUGAAGACCUAUCUGAGCCAUGGAGAACGCUUCAUCAAAUGGGACGACGAAACGGCCAUCGCCUCCCCAGUUAUUCUGCGUGUGGACCCCAAGGGCUAUUACUUGUACUGGACAUACCAGAGUAAGGAGAUGGAAUUUUUGGAUAUCACCAGCAUCCGGGACACCCGCUUUGGGAAGUUUGCCAAAGUGCCCAAGAGCCAGAAGCUCCGGGACGUGUUCAACAUGGACUUUCCCGACAACACCUUCCUGCUGAAGGCGCUCACCGUGGUGUCCGGCCCCGACAUGGUGGACCUCACCUUCCACAACUUCGUCUCCUACAAGGAGAAUGUGGGCAAGGACUGGGCUGAAGAUGUGUUGGCCCUGGCCAAGCACCCACUGACAGCCAACGCCCCCCGCAGCACCUUCCUGGACAAGAUCCUGGUGAAGCUCAAGAUGCAGCUCAAUCCUGAAGGGAAGAUUCCUGUCAAGAAUUUUUUCCAGAUGUUUCCUGCUGACCGUAAGCGGGUAGAAGCUGCCCUCAGUGCUUGCCAUCUCCCCAAAAGCAAGAAUGAUGCCAUCAACCCCGAGGACUUCCCAGAAUCUGUCUACAAAAGCUUCCUCAUGAGCCUCUGCCCUCGGCCAGAAAUAGACGAGAUCUUCACGUCCUACCACGCCAAGGCCAAACCCUAUAUGACCAAGGAGCACCUGACCAAAUUCAUCAACCAGGUGCAGCGGGACCCCCGACUCAACUCCUUGCUGUUCCCGCCAGCCCGGCCAGACCAGGUGCAGGGCCUCAUCCACAAGUAUGAGCCCAGCUGCAUCAACGUGCAGAGGGGCCAGCUGUCCCCCGAGGGCAUGGUCUGGUUCCUGUGUGGGCCGGAGAACAGCGUGCUGGCCCACAGCAAGCUCCUGCUCCACCAGGACAUGACGCAGCCGCUCAACCACUACUUCAUCAACUCUUCGCACAACACCUACCUCACAGCCGGCCAGUUCUCCGGCCUCUCCUCGGCCGAGAUGUACCGCCAGGUGCUGCUGGCAGGCUGCCGCUGCGUGGAGCUGGACUGCUGGAAAGGGAAGCCUCCCGACGAAGAGCCCAUCAUCACGCACGGCUUCACCAUGACCACCGACAUCUACUUCAAGGAAGCCAUCGAAGCCAUUGCAGAGAGCGCCUUCAAGACAUCCCCGUAUCCUGUCAUCCUGUCAUUCGAAAACCACGUGGACUCACCCCGACAACAGGCCAAAAUGGCCGAGUACUGCCGGACCAUGUUUGGGGACAUGCUGCUCACGGAACCCCUGGAAAAAUUCCCGCUGAAACCGGGCAUCCCCCUGCCCAGCCCUGAGGACCUCAGAGGCAAGAUCCUCAUCAAAAACAAGAAGAACCAGUUCUCUGGCAAGGAAGUGGGUGGGGAGCCAGAGGGCAGCUGCCCACCCAGUACUCCAGCAGGCGAGGAACCAGUGGUGCAGCCUUGUGAAGCCAUGUGGGCUGGUGAGGAGGAGGAGGAGGAGGCAGAAGAGGAAGAGGAAGAGGAGUUGGGGUGUCUGGAUGAAGAGGAGAUAAAAAAGAUGCAGUCAGAUGAGGGCACAGCGGGGCUGGAGGUGACGGCAUAUGAGGAGAUGUCCAGCCUGGUCAACUACAUCCAGCCCACCAAGUUCGUCUCCUUCGAGCUCUCGGCUGAGAAGAACCAGAGUUAUGUCAUCUCCUCCUUCACGGAGCUCAAGGCCUACGACCUGCUGUCCAAGGCCUCGGUGCAGUUUGUGGACUAUAACAAGCGCCAGAUGAGCCGCAUCUACCCCAAGGGCACCCGCAUGGACUCCUCCAACUACAUGCCCCAGAUGUUCUGGAAUGCUGGGUGCCAGAUGGUGGCCCUCAACUUUCAGACGAUGGACCUGCCCAUGCAGCAGAACAUGGCUCUGUUUGAGUUUAACGGCCAGAGCGGCUACCUCCUCAAGCAUGAGUUCAUGCGGCGACCGGACAAGCAGUUCAACCCCUUCUCCGUGGACCGCAUCGAUGUGGUGGUGGCCACCACCCUUUCCAUCACGGUCAUCUCGGGGCAGUUCCUGUCAGAACGAAGUGUGCGCACCUAUGUGGAAGUAGAGCUGUUCGGCCUUCCUGGGGACCCCAAGAGGCGUUACCGCACCAAGCUGUCCCCCAACACCAACUCCAUCAACCCUGUCUGGAAGGAGGAGCCCUUUGUCUUCGAGAAGAUCCUGAUGCCUGAGCUGGCCUCACUCAGGGUGGCCGUGAUGGAGGAAGGCAAUAAGUUCCUUGGACACCGCAUCAUCCCAAUCAAUGCCCUGAACUCAGGGUACCACCACCUGUGCCUGCACAGUGAGAGCAACAUGCCCCUCACCAUGCCCGCCCUCUUUGUUCUCCUGGAGAUGAAGGACUACGUGCCCGACACCCUGGCGGAUCUCACCGUGGCCCUCGCCAACCCCAUCAAGUUCUUCAAUGCCCAUGACAAAAAGUCUAUGAAGCUCAAGGCAGCCAUGGGGGAUGCACCCGAGAUGCCCUUUCCUAUGGGCAGCCCAGCGGUGGCUCCCGGCAAUGGGGCUUCUGCCCUGAGGAGCAAUGGGUCAGCAGCAGCGGGGGCCGUUGCCAGGGAAGAGGCCAGCAAGCUGGCCAGCAAGCCAGCUGCAGAGCCGCAGACGGCCAGUCUGGAGGAGCUGCGUGCCCUGAAGGACAUGGUGAAGCUGCAGCGGCGGCACGAGAAGGAGCUGCGCGAGGUGCAGCGGCGCGGGGAAGCGCGCAGGCAGGAGCUGCUGCAGCGGGCGGCGGCCGAGCUGGGCCCGUCGGGUUGCGUUGGGGGCCGCAGGGCCGGCCCCGACAAGGACUCGCGCAAGAAGAGGGCGCAGCAGGCGGAGGAGCCCCGGGACGCCCCGGCGGGCCCCGAUGGCGCGGACGCACGCGUGCGGGAGCUGCAGGGCCGGCUGGAGCAGGAGCUGCUGCGGCUGGGAGAGGCGCAGCACGAGCGCGUGCGGAAGCUCCGCGAGAACCACGUGGCCGAGCAAACGGCCAAAAUGUUGGAGCUGGCACGGGCAAGGCAGGCCGCAGAGCUGAAGAACCUCAAGGGGACGCUGCAGACUGACACCAAAGCCACGAAGAAGAAGCUGGAGGCCAAGAGGCUGGAGAGGAUCCAGGCCAUGAUCAAGGUCACUUCGGAUAAGAUGGCCCAGGAGAGGUUGAAGAGAGAGAUUAACAACUCACACAUCCAGGAGGUGGUGCAGGUGCUCAAGCAGAUGACGGUGAAUUUGGAACGCCACCAGGAGCAGCUAGAAGAGAAGCAGGCGGCCUGCCUGGAGCAGAUCCGGGAGAUGGAAAACCAGUUCCAGAAGGAGGCGCUGGCAGAGUACACGGCCAGGAUGGCAGGCCUGGAGGCCGAGGUGAAGGAGUCGCUGAGAACGUGCUUCCCCUCUGAGGCAGGCGGCCAGCCUUGCAGACCCCAGGGGACCUCCCUGGAGUUGAUGGAGCAGGACCUGCCCUCCGCAGAGGCAGACUCCCAGGAGAGCCGUUUCUGAUGUCCCCGGACUCUGCAAGAACCCACAAUCCACCCCCCCACCCCCUGGCCAUGGAACCCCGCUGGAGGGAAGCGAGGGGCCCCUCUGCAGCCUCACAACCAGCCCAGAGAGAGGCUGUGGGCACCACGGGGCCUCUCUGGCCGCCUCCAGCCCCUCCUUUGCCCCACUCUACCUGAGUGAGGAGAGAAAGAAGGAAUCCUCAGAGGACAGGGAGCAGGAUGCUGACCGCACUUGGGUCAGGGGGAACAUGCCAGGAGUGGGCCAGGCUCUGGGCAGGAGAGUUCCCCCAAAGCUGCCUCUCCCCCAAAGCCUCCAUCCUGGGAGCAGAGAGCUGACCCAGCUCCACCCCCCCCAAGUACUCCGAGGGUCCCCCUCACAUGGCGGGAGUGGAAGGAAGGGCCUGGCAUUCCUUGCCGCCCUGCGGGGUGCUGAGAAGUCGUGCCAGGCUCUUUGCCAGGGAGCGCAGCAGGGUUCAGGGUGGCAGACCCAGCCCUCCAGGCGAGAA